AUGAGUGAUACCCACCACCGUGAUUUACUUGAGAAUGGGCAAAAAGUGUGCAUUAGUGUGUAUAAAGGGAAGUACCUCACCGUUCUCCAAAACGACCAAGUUGAGUUUAGUCGAAGUGAAGUUGGGAAAUACGAGAUUUUUACGGUCAAAAAGAUACUACUUGGGGUGAGUCUUCAAUGUUGGAAUGGCAAAUUUCUUCGGUGUAAUGUACUAACACAAAACUUAGAAGGAGGAGGCUUGGCACCCUUUGUAGCCGAGAAAUUUUCGAUUCGUGGGUCUGUCAAUGUCCCUGGCGCGAUAUGUAUUAAGUCGACCAAUCUCUUUUAUUUAACAGUAGAUGCCAAAGGGAAAGGGUGGUUCUCUGGAAAGUCGGAGAAAAACAAUUUGUUUGAAUUAAAGACUAUCCCCGAGUACAUCGAACAGCAUGAAAAACAAAAGUCACAGCAAAGUCCCAUUACACAGAUGACAAAAAGUACUCCUCUCUGUGAGCACCAUGUUUCUCAACAAGAACAAAUUAAAAUUGAAAAGGUGGAAACACAAGAAAAAGUUCCAAAGGAAGAAAACACAGCAGUGGAAACACUUGAAGAAAAGGACUUGUGUAAAGUCUGCUUUCUCAAUUCAAAAGAUUGUGUUGUUGUCCCUUGUGGCCAUCGUUGUUGUUGUUCCGAAUGUGCAAAACACAUGAAAAAAUGCCCGAUUUGUGGAAAGACUGACAUCACCUUUGUGAAGACUUUUGACGUGUAA